AUGGCAUCCGACCAUGAUGCCUUCGCAGACUGGAUGAAGACUCUCGGCCCAGCCGACAUUGCCAGGCUCCGAGCCGUCCAUUCGGCAUCUGCGCAAACUGCAGCAGAUACAGCGGUUCAAGACGACCCUCGGCCUUCUGCAGAUAAUCCUUAUGGCCUUUCGCCUCGUAGCCUUCUGAUCUAUGCAAAUCAAGAAGCCUGGUAUCACGCUCAAGAGGGCUGUUAUACUGGUCCGAUCCCAGCCUGUUUUGACUAUGUCCCACCUCAGGACAUGGACGACCUUGCCGACGCCCACAUCGCCGAGCCCUCUCAGCCUUCCACAGCCCCGACGGCACAGGUGACAGCAGCCGAUACAGCCGAAGAGCCUUUGGAGCCAGAACCGGUUCCGGACGAAGGGGAAUUUUUGCACAUGGAGGAACCCUCUGCCUCCACGCCUUCGGCAGCCUUUCAAGCCCAGGAACAGUCGGUCCUUUACACCAUGAUGGGGGCCGAGGUCGACAUGACAGCGGUGGUCACUGCAGCCUCGCAUCAACAGCCUUUCCCCCUGCGCUUUUUCGACAGCGACGCCCAGACCAAGCCACUCAAUCGCCAUGAACUUUGGCAACUUAUUAGACGCCCUGACUUGGGCGUAGCCAGGAAAGAAGGGGCCUACCUGCCGGCGGAGAAGUUCGUACUCAGCCCUCCGCCCAACUUUUUUCCGCACUUCUUCUGUGCACCAGUCGGCUCAUCGGCGGAUGCUUCCCCGAUGGCACAAGCCAAAGCCGACCCACCCCUCAUCAAGGCGGUCCCUCCACACUCGAAGCCCCCGUCACAGCAGAUCUUCUUGCCGGAAGCGGGAACCAAAGCCAUUCCACAGCCCCAGCCCUCCCCACCACCACCAAAGCCACAGCAGCCAGUGCAGCCACAGCGGGAGACGCCGGCCCCUUCGGCGAUCCCGGCGGCCACCCCACAGCCUUCUCAGGAGCCAGCAUCCAGCCUCAGCCCCGGCCGCCCUCAGCCUUUCACAGCCAAGUUCGUGAGAAUGUGCUCUUCAAGCCAGAGUUUAUGCCUUCAGAGCACCAGCCCAAGUACUCCGGGCCGUAUCGCCCACAGGAGCCUUUCGGACUUGCCAUUUACAGUGGAACCGCCGCCACAGCCAGCCAAGCCUUCAGCCGAUGCCUCCUCCCAAGAGGAGGAAGAGCCUUCAGGAGCCGACACCCAGGUCUACCCGCCGUGCCAGCCUUUGCCCGAGUUCUUUUCUGCCGACUCGGGUGUGUUGCGCUAUUGGCACCAGGGCGCCGUGGGGUCCAACAACCCCAGGAACAUGGGCAACCAAUCUGUGCCUACCAUGUGCCCUCAGGACAUCGGCAGCCCUCCCGAAGCCUUGAUGGACCGCCGCAAAGGCCUUACCAUCCACCCGCCUUCCACGCCCUACCCCUACAGACCACCAGCCUUGGCACUGCCGCGUUUGCCCUGCUCCAAUAUGCGCAAUUGCAUCAUUGUGCCCAGCCUUACACUGCCGCAUACCUACGAGCUCGACCCAGCCUUUGCCAGGAUGUAUUAUAUGGGGAACCGCGGCGAAAUGCGCUGCGGUAUCCCAUGUUCUACAGUGCCGUUCUGCCCUUACCAUUCAGCCUGCGGCCGUGAGCUCAAUAAGGGCACGGUCGAGCAUGAGGAUAAGCACUCGGGCCACCAGUGCUCGCGCUGCAAGGAAUUUACAGACCUUGGGCGCAGCCCUUUUGAGUGGUUUUCAGCCGUGCCGCCGCAGGCAGCCUUAAAGCGCUGA